AUGGGGGAUUGGCUACAGAAGGAGGCAGCUGCAGGCGCUCUGGCAGAGGCAGACCUGGGAAUCCAAGCAUCUGACCAAUAUGCCUCCCUCUCCAGCAUAAUGAACCUGGUCACCUCUCUACCAAUGGGCUACCAGGGACAGCGGCUUUGCAGCUCACCAAAGAGAGACUUUGAUGACAAGGAAGCUCUGGUUUCUGAACAUAAACUAAAAGAAAAGGGAAAUUUUCGGCAGUCCUCUGCUAUUUUUAAUGUUGUCAACUCAAUCAUAGGAUCAGGAUUAAUAGGGUUACCUUAUUCAAUGAAGCAAGCUGGUCUUCCUUUAGGAAUACUACUUUUAUUUUGGGUCUCUUACGUGACAGACUUUUCCCUUAUUUUAUUAAUAAAAGGAGGAGCCCUUUCUGGAACAGAUAGCUAUCAGUCUCUGGUCCACAAAACAUUUGGUUUUCCAGGGUAUCUACUCCUCUCAUUUCUUCAGUUUUUAUAUCCUUUCAUUGCUAUGAUUAGCUAUAACAUAAUAACAGGAGACACUCUAGGCAAAGUUUUUCAAAGAAUUCCUGGAGUUGAUCCUGGGAACUUUUUCAUUGGCCGCCACUUCAUUAUUGGGCUCUCCACAGUUGCCUUUUCCCUUCCUUUAUCCUUGUUCCGUGACAUAGCAAAGCUGGGAAAGGCAUCCCUUAUUUCUGCAGUUUUAACUGCAAUGAUCCUGACAUUUGUAAUUAUUAGGGCAUUUACCCUAGGUCCAUACAUUUCCCGAAAUGUAAUUGCUAAUGUUUUCUUCAGUGGGAACCUUUCAAAAAUUUCCCAUGUUAUAGUGACAACAGUCAUCAUUACUAUGGCUACACUAGUGUCACUGAUGGUUGAUUGUCUUGGGAUCGUGCUGGAGUUCAACGGUGUCCUCUGUGCAGCUCCACUUAUUUUUAUUAUCCCAUCAGCUUGUUAUCUGAAACUCUCUGAAGAAAGAUGGAUCCACCCAGAUAAGAUUAUGUCCGGUGUGAUGCUUUUUAAUGGUGUGGUUGUGAUGGUAGUUGGAUUUGUCAUGACAAUUCUGUAUCCCCAAGACUGCAGCCAUGGACAGGAAAUGGCCUAUUGCUCAUCCACAAAUGCCUCAUUCUUCAAUAUCUCAUUCUCUUCUCUUGAACCAACAAUACAAUCAUCUGUUUUGAAUAUUAGUACUUUCCAGUAA